AUGGGCUUGCUACAGCGCUCUACCACAGAACCUAGUCAGGGCACGACGUCCGAUAAUCUCGGCGUGGACUGGGUGAUUCUCUAUGACUUUGCUGACGUUGACGAGCAAUCUGCCGUCGAGGAAUACCGGAGCCUGAUAUACACGCUGGAUGAGGUCGGGCUGCGCACUGAAGUCAGACAUGGCAAUGGCUCGUCGCUGCUGGUCUUUGUCAAGGCUCCGCAUGAGCUGGUCGGAAACUGGAUUUAUAUGUCGAGAGUCCGUGACUGGCUAUACGGCAUCACGCAAAUCCGACCCGCUGGUGACAGCCAAGCAACUAUCGAGGGCGAGACCGAGGCAGAAGACCUGCGCUCUAUCUAUCAUCUCCUCACCUGGCAGCGCAAGGACGGCGGCGCUGGCAUCACACCGAACUGGGGUCUGUGGCAGAAUGUAAAAGCAUCGUUCCCACUGCACAAUCAGGUGGCGAACCAAGAGUUGCUGCGCAGAUGGAGCCGGACUACGUUUUUGACGAGUCAAGAUCUGGAUGCGAUUCGAGCUUUGUUUGGGGAGAAAGUGGCUUUCUACUUUGCCUUUACUCAAUCCUACUCUGCCUUUCUGACCUUCCCGGCCGUGCUCGGCGUGCUCUGCUGGUUGUACUACGGCUCCUACUCCAUCGCCUUUGCGUUGGUUAACUGCAUCUGGAGUGUGGUCUUUGUCGAGUAUUGGAAACUCAAAGAGACCGACCUGAGCAUCCGAUGGGGAGUAAAAGGUGUCGGCGUACUCAAAGCCACUCGCAUGGAGUUUGUAUGGGAUAAGGAAGUCAUUGACCCCUUGACGGGCGAGCUUCGUAAAGUUUUUUCCUCGCGGAAACAAGUUCUGAGGCAGAUGCUUCAGAUUCCCUUUGGAAUUUUGGCUGGAGUUGUGCUUGGUCUGCUUGUGGUGGCUACUUUUGCCAUGGAGGUUUUGAUUUCCGAGAUGUAUCAAGGGCCGUUCAAGACGUAUUUAGACUUUCUCCCAACAAUCCUAUUCUCUCUCACCCUGCCAACCAUCAACUCCCGCCUCACAGGCAUUGCAACCCGACUCUCCAAAUUUGAAAACCAUCGCACUGAAGACCACUACGAACGCGCGCAGACGCAAAAGACAUUUAUGCUAAACUUCAUCACUGCCUUUCUGCCCAUCAUACUGACAGCCUUUGUCUACGUCCCGUUUGGCGCCCAACUCGUGCCCUAUCUAGACAUUUUUCGCGUCAGUGUGAUGAACACGGUCUCAUCCUUGCCCCAGAUCAGCAGCAGCAACGACACUCUUCUAGCCAAGCAAUGGGCCAAGCUAGACAACUUUGUCGUCGACCCGGCGCGUCUACGGCAAGAAGUUGUGUCACUCACCCUGACUGCGCAGGUCCUAAGCUUCUGCGAGGAAAUGGUCGUGCCCUAUGUCAAACGCGUGCUCUUACACAAAUACCGCGACUGGAAAACAGCGCAAUCAACUCAAAACGCCACCACGCGCAGCCGCGCAUACUCGCAGGCUACAAAUACCUUGCUCGUUGACCACCAAGACGAAGCGGCUUUCCUAACCCGCAUCCGCAACGAAGCCGAGGCUGACGUGUACAACGUGCACGACGACAUUCUCGAAAUGUGUAUUCAAUUCGGCUACCUUACACUUUUUGCCGUGGCAUGGCCUCUGGUUCCACUGGGGUUCUGGCUAAACAACUGGCUCGAGCUGCGUGGCGACCUGUUCAAAAUCAGCACAGAAUGCCAACGGCCCUCACCUAUUCGUGCGGAUUCCAUUGGGCCCUGGUUGGAUGUCCUCAGCGUGCUGAGUCUGCUGGGCACGCUGUCGUCGGCGGCGAUUGUACAUUUGUAUCGAGACGGCGAUGUGCGUUUGACAAACCUGUGGUCGCUGCCGUUGACGCUGCUCAUUACCGAGCAGGCGUAUCUCGCUAUUCAGUAUAUUGUGCGUACAUCUCUGGAGAGGAUUGGCUCGGAUGCUGUGCGGCGCGAAGAAGCAAGGAAAUAUAUCUUGCGCAAGAAAUAUCUCGAUACUUUUUCCGAAGAGACGUUUCAGAUGACAUCUUCAUCUCAAAAACCAUCUUCCCAGCAGCAACCACCACCACCACAACAGCAGCAGCAGCAACAACAACAGCAAAACCCCCCAUCCUCACCAUCCUCACCCCUAUUCUCCCCAACCCUAAACCGCACCCCAUCCUACCUACUCUCGACCAACAACAGCGUCACAAAAAGAAUCCACAUCCGCAAGGCCAGCGAAGUCCAACGCCUAACCACAAACAGCGAAGAACUCGAGGGCGAAGACCAUCCAGACGCGCCCUUUAAAGGCGGGCUCAGCAGGACCGAUAGUGGCUCGUUGUCCGAUCAGUAUCGGUCAAUGCGGUUCUGGUCGUGGCACAAGACGUCGCAGGAAACAAUUGAUUCCGGGUCAAAAUUGAUUAAAGUGUUGACGAAUUUGCAAAAAUCGAAAACGAGAAGGACGGCGAGUAGGCAGUUGAACUUGAAAGCGGAUUGA